GAAUGGGCCACUUUCACGAGGCCACAAUGGCUCUUGAACAAGUGCAGAAGUCUUACUUACAGCUCGGAAUAGAUGAUACUGUCAUAUUGCGGCAAUUGGCCAUUGUUUAUGCGAAUCAAGGACGUUGGGCUCAAGCUCAAGCCCUGCUGACCACUGUACUCAAUAGAACAGCGUAUGCGCUAGAUCAAGUGAAGGACGCAGUCAAUCAACUCCUUGUGAUCAACGAGAGUUUAAAACGAAAAUAUGAAGGAAAAUUAGAGGCCGAGACUAUCGCGAAAAUGGAGAGAGAACUACAGAAUAUGAGAGAGGAGUGUGGGGAAAGAAACAUCCUUCUGCUCCAAGUGGGAAUGGAGUUGGGAAACAUCUAUCAUGGGCAAGGCAAAUUUAGUCUUGCUGUUGAUACUAUGCGCAAAGUAGCUGUAGGGUUUCAAGAACAGCUUGGAUCGGACAACUUAACCACUAUAUCUGCCAUGCAAUCACUUGCGGGAUCAUUAGUUAUGCAAGGGGAUUUGUUGGAAGCACUAGAAACAAGCGUACUUGUCGUUGCCCGAAUGGGCCGAUUGGUUGGAGAAUAUCAUCGCCCUUUCCUCCAGAGCGAGCUGUUGGUGGCCAAGAUCCAGUCCUACUUGGGACUCUCUGAAAAGCCUCUCACGAUCUUCAAGAGCGUUAUUGAAAGACAAACGAAAGCGCUGGGCUCAUCACAUCAAGACACUCUCGGUAGCGAGGGGGCAUUGGCUCGGCACUACAUGGAUCGGCAAGAGCAUGCCUCUGCACUACGCAUACAGGAGGGUGUCGUCCAAAAGAGCGAAAUCAGUCUCGGUCGGCAUCCCUUUACAUUCCGAAGCAAGAAAGUAUUGGGCCAGCUACUUGUGAACACGGGAGAGAUUGACGGUGGGAUGGAAAUGCUCUCUGUCGCCGUCAAGGGCAGUCAUGAAAUUCUCGGAGAAUCACAUCCAGAAACAGUGUCUACUCGUGUUGCGCUAUGUAGUGUGCUCCGCAUGAAAGGGAGAUUUCAAGAGGCAGAAGCAAUGUGCACAAAAUCAUUGGAAACAUUGGAACACAAGUACGGAAAGGGUCACCCAGUCACCCUGGCUGCGCUGUCGAGGCUCGCUGAGAUUAGGUCCGAUCAAGACAAGCAAGAUAAAGCAUCGGAACUGCUGAGGCGCGCUAUAACUAUCUCAGAUAGUGCUACCGGGAAGGAUAGUCUCGAGACUGUAUAUUUACUGUCUAUGCUGGCAAAGACUACCACCAAUGCGGAGGAGUUGCAAGAACUCCGUAUUCGUCUUUCGAAUUCAGAAACUAGAAGGAUUGAAUUAUCAAAGAAGGCCACAGUUUAUGAUGAAAAUCAACGUGCCAUCAGUCUAGUGAGUCAGAGGCAGUGGAAAGAAGCCCUUGACAUUCUCAAUAAGCUUAUGCCCCUUUCGAAAACAUUGUUCGGACCAGAGGAUGAGACGACCCUUACCAUCUUGGGGAAUGUUGCUGUUUGCCAUACUGGGCUGGGUAGCUUGAGUUGGGCCAAAGAAACCAUCGAGAGCAUUUUGAGGACUCUCGAGAAGAACACGGCAAACAAUAGUGCUGCUAUUCUUAAUCAGAAGGCCAACUUGGCGUCUGUUCUUAUGAGAAUGGGCAAGCUGGAAGAAGCUCGUUCCCUGAACGAGUCUAUACUAACGAUCAUGAAGACAAAGUACGGGGAAACCCACCCCGAUACUUUGCGGAUCAUAAACAAUCUAGCCGCUGUAAAUUCAAAGCAGGACGACACACAGCAAGAAGCUCACGCUUUAGAGUACCAACUCGCGCAAGCUAUGGAGAAACUGGCUGCUAGUCGCGACACUGCUAUCUAGGUUUCUUUGGUGUGAGGAGGUAUCUUAGGUCCUUGAUAUAGUCGAGAAGCAAAUAUCUAGUUGUCAUUGCUGAUAAUCAUCUUUUCUUUAACUCCUUUCUCUAUCUCACUUUUCACAAAAGUAAAAAGAACCCAAAAAAGAAAAAGAAAAGGAAAGGAAACUUGGAUUGAGAAUACGUGGAAGAAUAGAUCGGGUUUUUGGGAACACAUGC